AUGGAUUUCCCGGGAAAUACGAAUUGGUUGUACGAUUAUGAGUUCGACGGUGUCCCUGCUCCUAAUGGGAAUUUCUCUGCCCCAAAUACUGGGUCUUCUUUGCCCAUGCAAGCUUCGAAUGGUUCAUCUAAAGUCAGUGUGGAGAUUGAUGGCUCAUUUGGAGAGUCAGAUGUCACGAGGGAAACUGGCUCAAAAAAAAGAGCUAGAACUGGAUCAUGUGAGCCUUCAAGCUCCAAAGCAUGCAGGGAGAAGCAACGGAGAGAGAGGCUAAAUGACAAGUUCAUGGAAUUGAGUGCUCUACUUGAGCCUGGAAGGCCUCCCAAGACAGACAAGGCUGCCAUUUUGGUUGAUGCUGUUCGCAUGGUGACUCAACUACGAGACGAAGCCCAGAAGCUGAAGUACUCAAAUUUGGACCUCCAGGAGAAGGUUAAAGAGCUGAAGGCCGAGAAGAAUGAACUUCGUGAUGAGAAGCAAAGGUUGAAAAUCGAGAAGGAGAGGCUAGAACAACAACUAAAGACAACGAAUGCCCAACCUGUCUUUCUGCCUGCUCCUCCUACUAUACCUACAGCAUUUGCUGCUCAAGGCCAAGCUGUUGGCAACAAAUUUUUCCCUAUCAUCGGUUAUCCUGGAAUUGCCGUGUGGCAGCCUGGCGAUACUUCACAGGACCACGAGCUUCACUCACCAGUUGCCUAA